CCAAAAGCAACCCCUCCCCCUAGCACCCCAACCCUUAUCCUAUCACCAUGCCUGAAAGCCGCCAAAAGCAAGAAGAGGUCAUGUGGCCUUGACUGGUGGCCAACAAGCUGCUUCGAAGGCCUCAGGGCAGAUAUGGCUUCAUUGCGGACUUCCCAAGCACUGAGAUGCUGCUCCAAGUGGCUAGUUUAGAUGAUCCCAUCAAGCCGAACAGAUUGUCUAAUGAUCAGAUGAACAUCCAAAAGUACAAGCUGUUUGUUAGUACAUGGAAUGUUGGAGGUAUACCACCGCCAGAUGACCUAAAUUUGGAAGAGUGGUUAGACACGAAGACUAACUCCUAUGACAUCUAUGUUCUUGGGUUCCAAGAAAUUGUGCCGCUUAGUGCCAGAAAUAUCCUAGGCCCGGAAAAGAGUAGAAUAUCCAUGAAGUGGAACUCAGUCAUUAGGGCAACAUUAAACAAGUCUCGAUCCAAGACUCAAAGAGGCCAGGAAUAUUCUAAGCAAGGGGAGAAGCAGAAGCUGUAUCCAGUCGAGCAAGGCACUUCUAAGGAAAGCAUUACGCAAGAAUUCCAAUGCAUCAUAAGCAAGCAGAUGGUAGGGAUUCUAGUUUGUGUGUGGGUGAGAGGCGAUCUCCAACGAUACAUUCGCCACCGUUGCGUCUCCUGUACUGGUUGUGGCAUUAUGGGCCGCCUAGGGAACAAGGGUGCAGUGUCGGUUAGGUUUUGCCUGCAUGAGACGAGCUUCUGCUUUGUAUGUUGUCAUUUGGCUUCAGGAGGAAAAGAAGGGGAUGAGAUGCACAGGAAUUCAGACGCCAUGGAUAUAUUCACAAGGACAAGCUUUCCUCGCUGCCUUUCUCUUGAUAUGCCACAAAAGAUUCAAGAUCACGAUCAAAUAAUCUUGUUUGGCGACUUGAACUACAGAAUCUCCUUGCCAGAGGCCAAAACACGAAUACUAGUGGAACAAAAGGAAUGGAACAUUUUGUUAGAGAAAGAUCAGUUGAGGGGGGAGGUCUCAGAGGGCCGGGCAUUUGAAGGUUGGAAUGAGGGUGCUAUCGCAUUCUCUCCCACAUACAAAUACUAUCCAAACUCAGAUACAUAUUAUGGGUUCAUUCAAGGCAAAAAAGGCAAGAAGAUACGAGCUCCAGCAUGGUGUGACCGGAUUCUAUGGCAUGGGAAGGGUUUGAAGCAAAACCAAUAUGAUCGAUGCGAGUCUAGGUUAUCCGAUCACCGGCCUGUGAGGGCGAUUUUCACUGCAAAGGUUGAGGUCCCAAAAACUAAGAACUCCUUAAGAAGUUUUUUCUUAUCAGAGAGAUUUGAUCAAAUCACUAGCAAUAUUGAUUGUUAUCAAAUGGAGACCAUAUUAACAAUGGAAGAUCCAGCAUACACAUCAUAUUAGUCUGCUUGGAAUGACAUGAAGCUGUCAGUGAUUCAAAAUUGCAUCACUAUAUCCAGCCAUUGACUCACCAACGUAUUUUGGAGUUCCUGGUGAGCUUUGGCUAUCGUAAGGAUGAUCCUUCCGUCAAGCUUCAAGAAAGCUUGGGAAGCUAUUUUUAGUGCAACGUUUGGUGUCUCCUCCCAUGCAUAUAUAUAUAUAUAUAGACCUCAACCCAGUAUAUAUUCCUAUAUCAAGGUUUUAUUAUUUGUUUAUAGCAGAGAUUAUAUACUGUUAGUGAUUAGGCCUGUCUAAAAAAAACAUUACAUAAGAGUGUUUUCGUCCCUUGCUUAAUGCUGUAUGUUUUGUAUCGAGCCAA